UCAUUAGUAAUCACUUCAAAAAGAACUCGUCUUGAUUAGUUCUAUUAAAAUGUUUACUUUGUGACAAGUAAAUAAUCAAGUCAAGCAUAAAUGAAAAAAAUUAUGCUAUCAAAAUUGAAAUCGAAACAAAUUGAAGCAAAUUUAAAUUUAGUUACCAGUUUGUAGUUUUAAUUAAAAAAUAUAAAAUAACAAUUCGUUAAACAAAAACUUCAAAUUCAGGGAUCUUAAUAUUGGUUAUUGAUAUAAAAUGACAAAUUAAUACAAAUGAACAACUUUUAUAAGAUUAAAGUGCUCUCCCUUCAUUGGUUACCAAUCCAUCAAUUACAACAAUCACAAUAGGGAUGAAGUAUUUCAGAAGCACUGAGAGAGAUUACUAUGAGUUCUUGAAAGCGUCUACAAAAAAUAGACUGUAUAUGGCUUCAGCUGUCAAUCAGCAUGAUAACAACUCAAGCAACUCAAUUCAUGUUUUAGCUGAUGGAAGUCUAUCUUUUUCUGGUCAAAACGUAAAAUGUGUUCCACCUUGGUUAUUGACAAAAUAUGGAAAUAACAUCACAAGAAUGGAUUUGAGUUAUAACAAAAUUCAAAGUUUGAAAGGCUUGGUUGGUUUUACUGAGUUAAAAGAAUUGAUAUUAGAUAACAAUGAACUUACUGACGAUUUGGAACUACCUCAGCUUAAGCAUUUGGAAACUUUUACAAUUAACAAAAAUAAGAUAAAAAAUUUAGAAGGAAUUUUAAUGAAAAUAUCUACAAGCUUUCCUAAAAUAUCUUAUCUUUCAUUGCUUGGAAAUGAAGCAUGUCCCACACAACUGAAUUACACUGACAAAGAUGAUGAAGAUUAUUUAAAAUACAGAUAUUGCGUUUUACAAUUUCUUCCUAAUCUAAAGUUUCUUGAUUCAUCUCCAGUAACUCAGGCUGAAAGAAAAGAAGCAAAACGAAUUGGAAACGUUAAUAAUGUGAAACCAUCCAGUAAUGUUCCUACAUCUUCUCAGGAAAAAUGUGCUACUAAACCUUCUUCCGAAAUACAAGAAUCUUUUAGCAAAAGUUAUUUUGGGAAAAAUCGAGUAUCUUACUAUGGAAAAAACUCAGAAGGAAAUCGUUUCAUCGUGAAUGAAGACUUGUAGUUUUUAACUCACGUUAUUCAUCAUUUAGUAUAUUAUCAAAAUCUUUUUUUAUAUAUAUUUAUACAUAACAUAUUAAAUAAAAGUAUUAAAAAUGAUCAAUUUGUAUAUAAAGGUUAAAUCUGUUGAUAAUAAAGUUCGAAUUCAUAUAAUAAACAGUUUAAAUUUCAAAA